GUAGGCUAAGCUUUGGCAAAGCAGCUCCCCACAAUGUUUUAAUUGUGUUAUGGUUAACUGAUCAUGCAACACAUCUGCCCGUGUCAUGUCAUGUCAUGGAUGAACUUACUGGCUAACCACCCACGAAAUCUAGCAUUCUUUGCAUAUAUCUAAUAAUGAAAUGUUGUCCCAGGUGUAUGGUUCACUUUAUUCUACUAUAGAAUAAACUUGUGUCAUCAAAAUUAUCCUGUGUGCCAUGUGUAAUUGUAGUGAAUGUGUGCAUUGGAUAGGUCAUAAUGGCGAUUUGGCUUGUAUCAUAGCCUAUUGGCAAUGGUUAGUGAAGUUGUUACACAUGCGUAUAAGUAUAUAUAUGUUUUUUUAAUUCUGUUUUCAGGUCCAAUGUUUGGUUUGCCAUCAACAGCUGGCCUAUAAUAAUAACACCUCAUCCAUGCUGAGGCAUUUCCGUGCUAAGCAUGAGGCUGGCCAAGCUGCAGCGAGCAUCCGGGGCGAUAGAAAGGCCAAGAUUGAUGAGGCACUGGUGAACAUGAUUGUCCAGGAUUCCCAGCCUUUCAAGGUUGUGGAUGAUCAAGGUUUCAGAGCCUUGGUUUCCCUUUUGGACCCUACGUAUGUCCUUCCAUCAAGGCAGACCUUGAAGUCCAUGAUGGAGGCAAGGUAUCGUGAGGAGAAGCAGAAGGCCAAAGACAAGGUUCAGAAGGCUACUGCUGUGGCCUUGACCUCGGAUAUGUGGACAUCCAUCCACAUGGAUUCCUACCUGGCCUUCACUUGCCAUUUUGUGGAUGAGGAAGACAAGUUGGCGACUGUUUUGCUGGCAGUUGCUAAGUUUGGGGAGCGCCACACUGCAUCCAACAUUGCAACUGUGAAAGGGUCAAUUCUGGAAGAGUGGGAAAUACCCAAAGCAAAGGUCAUGUGCCUUACUACAGAUGGUGCCUCAAAUAUGCACCUCUGUAGUAGCAUCAUGGAGGUAAGGCACAGCCACUGCAUUGCUCAUGCCUUGAAUUUGGUGGUGAAGAAGGCCCUCAAACUAACCCCAGGUCUGGAGGAGGUGCGCACUAAGGCAAGAGAUAUUGCCACUUACUUCAGGACCAGCACUGUAGCCAGAGAGCGGCUUCUCUGCCUUCAAAACCAAAUGGGUGGUCCAACAAAUAAACUCAUUCAAGAGGUGGACACAAGAUGGAACAGCACCUUAGACAUGCUCCAAAGACUGUACGAGCAGAGAGAGCCAGUGGGUGCAGCCUUGGCCUCUCUUCAGACAGAUGUGGCACCAUUGACCUCCAAUCAAUACCACAGCAUAAGUCAGUGCAUUUCUCUUUUGGCCCCUCUCAAAGAAGCCACAGUUGAGCUUUCUGCCGAGAAACAUGUGUCAGGUUCGAAAAUAAUUCCGCUGGUGAAGAUGCUGCGGCACAUUAUUGCAACAAAACAAAGGCAGCUUACAGAUGAAAUGGCCAGAGAUUUGGCUAAACAUUUGUUAACCCUAACGUCUGAAAAGCUUGGGAAUUAUGAGGUUGCAGGACCGCAUGCUCUGGCCACUCUCCUGGAUCCUCGUUUUAAAACCAUGGGGUUUUGCAACACCACACACCAGCAAAAUGGUGUUAAAAAACUUAUGGCAGAAUGUGCCACUGUUAUAAGGCAAAAAACACCUGAUCCGGCACCCUCCGAUGAUCCUACCCCAUCAACUUCACAUGAUGCACCUUCAACCUCUGAUUCAUCAGGCCUGUGGGAGCUGUUGGAUGCACAAGUUUUGGAGAAGAGGAAGGUCAAAAGUGCUACAGCCAAUGCCUCUGUAGAGACGAACUGGUACCUUGCAGAGCCCAACAUUCCACGAAAUGAAGACCCACUUGAGUAUUGGGUCAAGCACAAGCAUGUCUUUGUGCAUGUGUGA